GGCGGGGCUGAGCGCGGGAAGGCUCGAAGCGGGUGGCUGGGCCGGAGCGGUGAGCGGGUGAGGGUGAAGAUGCCAUCAGCACAAAAGCCAAUGCGGUAUGGCCAUACUGAAGGUCACACAGAUGUCUGCUUCGAUGAUACUGGGAGCUGCAUUGUAACUUGUGGCAGUGAUGGAGACGUUAGAAUUUGGGAAAACCUGGAUGACGAUGAUCCAAAGUCCAUUAAUGUAGGAGAAAAGGCCUAUUCGUGUGCUCUGAAGAAUGGGAAACUGAUCACAGCAAUAUCAAACAACACUGUCCAGGUACAUACAUUCCCUGAAGGAGCUCCAGAUGGCAUCCUUACUCGUUUCACCAUGAACGCAAACCACAUCAUCUUUAAUGCUGAUGGUACCAAAAUUGCUGCUGGGUCAAGUGACUUCAUGAUCAAAGCUGUGGAGGUGUCUGAUAGCAGCAAGCAGAAAACAUUCCGAGGACAUGAUGCUCCUGUUUUAAGCCUGUCUUUCGACCCCCAGGAUGUUUACCUGGCAUCCUCGAGCUGUGAUGGGUCUGUCAGGGUAUGGAAAAUUGCAGAUCAGACAUGCACAACAAGCUGGCCGCUGCUGCAGAAAUGUAAUGAUGUGAUAAAUGCUAAAUCAAUAUGCAGGCUUGGCUGGCAACCUGGCAGCGGGAAGUUGCUGGCAAUUCCUGUAGAUCGAGUUGUGAAACUAUACAGAAGAGAAACCUGGGACAGUCAAUUUGAUCUAUCAGAUGCAUUCAUCACACAGCCCUUGAAUGUUGUGGCCUGGUCUCCUUCUGGGCAGCAUCUGGCAGCUGGAAGUGUCAAUGGGAGUAUAGUGGUGUGGAAUGUGGAAACCCAGGAGUGCAUAGAGAGGAUGAAGCAUGAGAAAAAUUACUCAGUUUGUGGACUGGCAUGGCACCCCAAAUACAACCAAAUUGCUUACACAGAUACUGAAGGAAAUCUGGGGCUGUUGGAACAUAUCGGUGACGGAAAGAAACCGCAUGACAAGGUUGCCAGUACAGUGGCAAAGGACUACAAUGAUCUCUUUGAUGGAGAUGAUGAUGACUAUUUAAAUGGAGAUAUUGAAUCACAGUCUUCCCCAAAGCCUGGAGCUGAUGAAGAUGAUGAUGAUGACAUUAUGCCAACUUCAGGCCAUCUGAGACGGACAAUAGUUGAUGAUGAUGAUGAUAACUCGCUAGAUAUUGGGAUGAUAAAAGCUAAUUCCAAUCUCCUGGAAAAGGAAGAUGACAAUGAUGGUCAGUCUGGUGGCUUUCCAGCUUUACCACCAACAUCUACACAGCAACCUUUCUAUGAUGGGCCAUUGCCAACCCCCAAGCAAAAGCCAUUCCAGUCUGGCUCCACUCCUACACAUCUCAUGCAUCGUUUCAUGGUGUGGAAUUCUGUUGGCAUCAUUCGGUGUUACAAUGACGAGCAAGACAACGCUAUAGAUGUAGAAUUUCAUGAUACCUCCAUACACCAUGCAACACACCUGCCAAACUCCCUAAAUCACACAAUGGCUGACCUCUCUGCUGAAGCUAUUUUACUGGCCUGUGAGAGUACAGAAGAACUUGCAAGCAAACUGCACUGCAUUCAUUUUGGCUCGUGGGAUGCAAACAAGGAGUGGACAGUAGAUAUGCCAAAGGAUGAAGACAUUGAGGCCAUCUGUCUAGGGCAAGGCUGGGCUGCUUGUGCCACUAGUGCUUUGCUGGUUCGUGUAUUUACAGUUGGAGGAGUUCAGAAAGAGAUCUUCAGCCUUCCAGGUCCAGUGGUGUCUAUGGCAGGACAUGGAGAGCAGUUGAUGGUUAUUUAUCACAGAGGGACUGGGUUUGAUGGGGACCAGUGCCUUGGAGUACAGCUGAUGGAGCUAGGAAAGAAGAAAAAACAGAUUUUGCAUGGAGAUCCUCUCUCUCUGACAAGAAAAUCCCAUUUGGUAUGGGUUGGAUUCUCUGCAGAAGGUACCCCUUGUUAUGUGGAUUCUGAGGGAAUCGUGCGGAUGCUGAACCGAGGGCUCGGGAAUACUUGGAUUCCGGUCUGUAACAUGAGAGAGCAUUGCAAAGGAAAAUCAGAUCAUUAUUGGGUAGUUGGCAUCCAUGAAAAUCCCCAGCAGCUCAGGUGUAUUCCUUGCAAAGGAGCCCGAUUCCCUCCUACGCUGCCCCGGCCUGCUGUAGCAAUAUUAUCGUUUAAACUUCCUUACUGUCAAGUUACCACAGAAAAGGGACAGAUGGAGGAGCAGUACUGGCGUUCUUUGGUAUUUCACAACCAUGUGGACUACUUAUCAAAAAAUGGCUAUGAAGUGGAUGAAAAUGCUAAAAGUCAGGCACUGAAGGAACAGCAGGAACUUCUAAUGAAGCUCUUUGCUCUUUCUUGUAAACUGGAGCGUGAAUUUCGCUGCAUGGAACUUGCUGACCUCAUGACACAAAGCGUUGUGAAUUUAGCUAUCAAGUACGCGUCUCGCUCUCGGAGACUAAAUUUAGCUCAGCGACUUAGCGAAAUGGCUGUAGAAAAAGCAAGUGAGUUGGAAGCAGCAGAGGAAGAUGAAGAGGAGGAAGAAGAUUUCCGAAAGCACUCGCGUGCUCGUUACAGCAACGCUCCCACGGAGUGGGGUCAGCCGCCGGUUAGAAAUGUUCAGCAGGACCAAGAAAUGGAAGAUGCUGAGGAGAGUGAUGGCUCUGAGGAGGAAGAAGAAACACCAGAAGUGCCUAAACAGAGGCCAAAUCCUUUCUCCAGAAGUGUCACUUCAGCAGAGGUCCCUGCUCCGAAGUCCAUUGUGAUUACCUCAGGCAGCCAAGGACGAGUGAAUCCCUUUAAGGUGUCAUCUAACAAAAAGGAGCCAGUGGUCCCCUCAGCGAAUAUUCUAGACACGAUGACCAAGCAGUCAAAGAAAACUUCUUUGGCUAGCAGUCGAGCUGCAAACAAGCAGAACCCUCCAGUUAUAAAGCCUCUGAUUCCCAAACCCAAGUCCAAGCAGGCUUUAGCAGCCUCCUUCUUCCAGCCUCAUGCACCUAACUCUAGUGCAAAAGUAGUGGAAGAAAGAGAAGAAAAAGCUGGAAAUGAGUCACAGGAAGCGAAAGUCACUGCACAGGAGAACACCGAAAACAGAAGACCAAGAACAGGAUUCCAGAUGUGGCUGGAAGAGAACAGAGCAAACAUUUUGACAGAUAAUCCUGCUCUGGAUGAAGCAGAAGUAAUAAAAGAAGGCAUGAGUCGAUUCAGAGUGCUGUCAGCAGAAGAAAGAAUGGCAUGGACUGAGAAAGCGAAAGGAGGAACAGGUAGCGAUUUAGCAGAAGAUAAAAAACGGAAACGUCCCCCAGCUGAGGAUGAGGAUGAAGCGAAAAAGAAACAGGAGCAAAAUUCAGAGGACUCAAACUUACCCAAAAAAUCAAAGCCUUUAGAUCAGUCUACGAACGUCCGAUUGUCAGCUUUUGCCUUCAAGCAAAGCUAAAUAGCCUGGCACCUUCUCAGGGUGUUGUCUGGAAACAUUAGGUAGCUCUGUGUGAGAAAGUUGCUGCUGUGCUCGAAGAGCGCUAACACAAAGAGUGCCUUGCUCCAGAUAGUUUUCCUAGAAAGUCUUAUAUUGUGAAUUCUU